UUUACUCACAGAGCGGUCUAAAGCCCAUUGACUGCAUUUGGAUUUCGUGACGCCAUAGAGGUGAAAGCUUAGCCGGAUCAAAGCCGGCGGAGAGGACACAGUUUUGAAAUGCAUGUCAGCCUGUGAGGCGAAGUUUGCGUAACUUGCAAACUCGAGCGCCGGCGUGUGUGUUCUUUUGAGUGUUUUAUUUUUCGAGCCUGGACACCAAUGUGACAGAGUUGUUGGAGCCUUGAGCCGCUGGUUGUCCCCAAUGGAGAAAGCAGGUGUCAGAUUAUAGAGCACUUCGAGGGGCAAUAGUAUCAGGGCUGACAAAUGCACUGGGACUGAAAGAAGUAUAUUCUUUGGAGAAAAAAAAACUAUGUUAGUGUGAAAUAAUAUUGUGUAGCACUGUGAUUGCAAACUUGAAAGAUAAAAACUUUUCGGUGCCUUUUUUGUGGAUUAAAUUUCUUGCAAAAAAAGACAGAGACUUGCAGAAAAGAAAGACCAAUUAUCUUUUUUUAAAAAUGAAAAGAAAAGUGUAUGUAAAGCAGUUGCAUCAACUAAAGGCAGCUCAGGCUACCGCUAACCAGAUCAAAAAGAAGGCAAGAGAAAUGAGUUGUAUACCUUCUAACACGCCUCAAAAUACUACUUCUGUUAUCAAAAGGAGCACGAGGAAUUCUGUAAAUAAGAAUAGCGAUUCGCCACCAACCGCCCUUCCUAACGUAGGCGUCCUUAUGAGAGGUAGUAGCAGCAGUAGUAGAGAACGGCAGAACUGCGUGCACGAAGAGCCCUCUAGUAGUGGAAGUUCUGCGUCCCGGGUCACCUCGGAGCAGAGGAGAAAGAUGAAGGGAGAUGCCAUUCCCACAGUGGUCGAGGCUACCUCAGCGGAUAUACCAUUGGGGUCUGAGCCCACGGAGCAACCUGACGACGUGGACAACGCCGUUAAUGGUGACCCGGUCCGGCCACUGUACGAGGCGCCUCCUUCAUACACGUACCUGACAGCGGCAACCAACGUCAAAUAUGGCGCAACAUCUGCAUCAGAGCCGGCUCACGGGUCAGACCCAGACCAGUAUGGGGUGCCGCCCGGUAUGAACUAUGUUAUAGUCCCUAGCGUUGUGGACUCAGUCCCGACCAGCGCCCCUCCUCAGUACACACAAACUGUUCUUGAAAGAUCCACUUUCGGAGACCAUAGUAACUUCACUCACCCUGUACCUUACCCCAGCACCAUAGCGUGUCACCAGGAACCUUUCGAAGGAAGGUCACAUGAUGUAAAAUCUGGUCAUUCUACGGAAGAGAACGGCGAUUCCUUAGGGAGCACAGAAACGUACUCUUACCCAAACCACGCCACUACGUGGGAGCAAGAAAAUGGCCGCUAUGUGAGCUAUACGUGGAAGAACCACGACGUGGACGUCUACAACAACAACAAUGACGUCAGUCUCACAAACAACAACGUGCAGUACAAUGUUACAUCUCCUCAAGAGGGCAUGAAGAGAAGAUCUUCCAGCCACAUACGUGACGCUUCCAUGAUAAAACUGUCUUCCAGCUCGUCUCGGCGCAGACGGAAGAGGGUUCAAACCCCAGUCCAGCGCUCAGCAGCUAACAUGAGAGAGCGCCGAAGAAUGUGUCACUUGAAUGUAGCCUUCGACCGUCUGAAAGAGCGCCUCCCCAAUGUGAAGGAUAAGAAGAAACUGUCGAGAAUACAGACACUUAAAGCUGCUAUCUACUACAUCCAUCUCUUGAGGGAUUCUCUCAACAUGUGCUAAUAUGAAGCGGAAUAAUUCGGAACUUUGGUGUUGAUGAUUUGUCUUGUAUUACUCUUUUUUGUUAAUGAUCUAGAAUGAUGUUACAUGCGUUUAAUCACCUCUUGUUUUCAUGCCAAAAAAAUUUAGCCCAGAUACUGCUCGUGUCAAUGAAAGGUGUUACUGUGACAUUGGUCUGCGUUGUGUUAAGAGACGUUGGCAACAAAUGUCUGUUUGUUUGUUUUACUUUUAUGAAUCGUUCCCUGUCGUCUCCUCAUUAAUUUUUACCGUUUGAGCUUCCGGAUUUCCCCUUUUUUCUGUAGACACGUAGUAUAAGAAAUUGUAUUAUACAUUAUAGAGUUGAGACAUUUUUACUAUUUUUGGAAAAUACAAAAACACGUCCUCACAGCAAAAGUGCAGAAAUAUAUACAUAGGGUUGCCGGUAUGGAAAAUUUACCUUUAAAGCCCAAGGGUGUAAGAAAGAUUUGAAGACGUUUCACCAGUAAAGGA